UUCAUCGAAAUCAACAUGAAGGUGCUUAUUGUAUUCGCAUUGGCCUUGGCCUACGCCUCGGGAUCGGCCCUGCGCAGCCAUUGGGAAAUUCAGCCACGUAAUGUGUACGCGCCCGUCCUGGAAGGACCUGGUGGACGCAUCACCAACGGUCAUGAUGCCCGUGCUGACCAGUUCCCCUAUCAGGCUGGUCUUUCCCUGAAGAUUGGCUCCUCCUCCGCCUGGUGCGGUGGCUCCCUGAUUGGCCACGAAUGGAUCCUGACCGCCGCUCACUGCACCGAUGGUGUCGACUCCGUCGAUGUCCAUUUGGGCAGCACUGACCGCAAUACCCCCAAGGUUAAGCACAGCGUCAGCAAGGAUCACAUCAUCAUCCACGAGGGCUGGAACUCCAGGACUCUGUUGAACGACAUCUCCCUGAUCCGUAUUCCUCAUGUGGAUUACAGCGACGCCAUUCGUGCCGUCGACUUGCCCCGCGAGGAGUCCCACUACUCCAGCUACGUUGAUGAUGAGGUCAUCGCCUCCGGCUGGGGCCGCACCUCCGACUCGUCCAGCGGCGUUGCUGCCCAUUUGCAGUACGCUCACAUGAAGAUCAUCUCGAACACAUCUUGCAUGAAGACCUAUGGCACCACCAUCCGCUCCUCCAACAUCUGUGUGUCGACCCCAGCUGCCGUUUCCACCUGCAACGGCGACUCUGGCGGCCCCCUGGUGCUCGCUUCCAACAAGGUUCAAAUCGGUCUGACCUCCUUCGGCUCCUCUGCCGGCUGCGAGAAGGAGCUGCCAGCUGCCUUCACCCGUGUGACCAGCUACCUCGAUUGGAUCAAGCACCACACUGACAUCUAAAAAUGAUUGCGAAGCGCUCGAAAUUUGAUUAAAUGUUCUUUAAAGAUUUGUAGAA